AGUUGAACCUGACCAGGCAACCUAUAGAGGAUUAAGGAGAAAGAGACAGCAAGAGAAAGAUGGAGAUAUGGGCAUUUUUGAUUGCUCUGCUGGUGGUUCUUCUGAUUAUGCUCUACCUGAAACAGCUCCAGUCAAAUAGGCAUUACCCUCCAGGACCUCUCCAGCUUCCUCUCGUUGGAGCCAUAUGGCUGUUUGGAUUCAAGAUUCAUGAAAAUACUCUCGUUCAGCUGGGAAAGCAAUAUGGAAAUAUUUUCACCCUAUGGAUAGGACAUCUACCCAUUGUAGUACUGUCUGGAUUCCAAGCAGUGAAAGAAGCUCUCAUUGACCACUCGGGCGAAUUAGACGGGCGAUCAGAGACUCCUUUCCUUAGGACGAUGGCAAAAGGAAAGGGUAUUAUAUUAUCAAAUGGUCACACCUGGAGGCAACAGAGACGCUUUGGUGUAGUUACUAUGCGGAAGCUGGGGCUGGGUAAGAAAGGCAUGGAGCACCAAGUAGCAGAGGAGGCCCAUCAGCUCAUGGAGGUUUUUGCACGUUCAAAGGGACAACCACUUGACCCCUCCAUGCCCAUCAGUAAUUCAGUCUCCAAUGUGAUAUCUGCUGUGGUUUUUGGGCACCGGUUUGCUCUUGAAGAUGAACGGUUCCAGAAGCUGAUAGAAGCCAUGGGUUUUGUCCUAAAAUUUUUCAGCACUUUUUGUCAUAUUCUUUAUGAAAUGCUCCCAUGGCUCAUGCAACAUCUCCCAGGGCCCCACAAGAAGGCCUUGUCCUGCACAGAGAUUGUGCUUUCAUUUGCAAAGGAGGAGAUAGAGAAGCAUAAGGAAAAUCAGUCUCUGCAUGAGCCACAGGAUCUCAUUGAUUACUAUCUACUUCAGAUGGAGAAAAGCAGGAAUGACCCAGAGUCCACCUAUGAUGAAGAGAAUUUGGCUUGGUGUAUUUCUGAGCUCUUCAUAGCAGGGUCAGACACAACCUCCGGUUCUCUGAAAUGGGCACUUCUCCUCCUGGCAAAUCAUCCAGAUAUCCAAGAUAAAAUGCACAAGGAAAUCGAAGAUGUCAUAGGUUCUGCUCACUCAAUCUGCUAUCAAGAUAAGAAGAAACUGCCCUACACCAAUGCUGUGAUUCAUGAAAUGCUGCGCUUUAAAUAUGUCCUUUUUUUUGGGUUGCCUAGGCAAUGUACAAAGGAUGUGAAGCUGUGUGGUUUUCUCAUUCCCAAGGGGACUAUUAUUGUUCCUGAUUUGCGCUCUGUUCUUCUUGAUCCGACACGAUGGGAGACACCUGCAGAGUUCAACCCAAAUCAUUUUUUGGACAAGGAUGGACAAUUCGUGAACAGAGAAGAAUGUUUGCCAUUUGGUGCAGGGGCUCGCAUUUGUUUGGGAAUGCAUCUGGCAAAGUUGGAAAUAUUCAUAUUCCUGACCAGCCUGCUAAGGACAUUCAGCUUCCAGCUGCCAGAAGGAGUCAAAGAACUCAAUCAAGAGGCUAUAAUAGGGACUGCAAGAAAUCCCCAUCCUUAUAAACUCUGUGCAGUUCCCCGUUGCAACACAUAAUAAAAUAUGUAAAUAUUAGGAGGUGCACCCCUGCUUCCUCCACUUGGCGACCCCUUUGCCACUCUGGACACAUGAGCCCCCAAGAAUUUCCCUUCCCUUCCCAUCUCGUCCCAUGCAACUACUGAGGUCUCUCUUCAUAUUUGCAGCUCAAUUUCUGAAGCCACUUCUCUCUUAUCUUCUGCAGCUCUGCUCUGCCUCCAUUUCCCCCUUCACCCCAUCUCCUCCUUUCCUCUACAUAAGGCACCCUCUACCACAUGUGGGACACAGCUGGCACUGUGGGUUAAACCACAGAGCCUAGGGCUUGCCGAUCAGAAGGUCGGCGGUUCAAAUCCCUGCGACGGGGUGAGCUCCUGUUGCUUGGUCCCAGCUCCUGCCACCCUAGCAGUUCGAAAGCACAUCAAAAUGCAAGUAGAUAAAUAGGGACCGCUACAGCAGGAAGGUAAACGGCGUUUCCGUGUACAGCUCUGGUUCGCCAGAAGCGGCUUUGUCAUGCUGGCCACAUGACCUGGAAGCUGUACGCCGGCUCCCUCGGCCAAUAACGCGAGAUGAGCGCUGCAACCCGGUCACGACUGGAUCUAAUGGUCAGGGGUCCCUUUACCUUUACCUUACCAUAUGUGGUGUCCUGCAAGAUAACAAAAGCAUUUUGGGGAAUAAUAUAGAAUGAGUUGGGAAAAGAAUGUUUAAGAUAACCUUUGUGGGGGAAAACCAGAAGCUUUUUUACUAGGAAUUUAAGGUGCAGAAAUCCCAAAGGAGCAGAAAAGACUACAGCAGUGCGGAUAUUUCUGGUGCAGAGGAGGAAAGUCCCUACCAGAAAAGAAUGGUUGAUAAAGAUGAUGGACUACGUCAAAAUUGUGAAAGUGACAGGAAAGAUUAGAAACCAAGAAGAAUAACUUUAAUAAGGAAUGCAGAAAUUUUAUAAGUUCCCUUGGAGAACACUGUGAACAAUUAAAAACAUUGGCAGGAUUCUAACAACACUUGUAAUGAA